AGUCGUCACAGUGGAUUCCCGCCAGGAGGAUUAGUUUGAGAGACAAAAGAAAGAAAAUUUAAAGAUUUUCUUUUAAAAUCCUUUUAAGAAAAAUACUCUGUCUCAAACAAAAGACCGUUAGAAAAGUAUUUCGUGGAAGUAAAAAGGACAAUUGAGCUAAAAUAAAAGUGAUCUCUUGAAAAUGUUUGACCCUUCUAAGGAGUAUCUUCCUCAUCAUCGACUAUCCCUGGCAUUUUCCCACCCAAGACGAUGGAAUUGAGUCUCCAUGGAUCACAAAUCAACCUAGCAACGCGCCAAAAGCCACCCACACCCACCAUCAACUAUCCGCGACCGAGUUCUGCGCACUCUGCCAGUCGUCUGGUCGCCGGGCCACGUGCCGGGAGUCGCCCUCAGUCAGCUGACGACACGCGCUUCCUUGCCAAAUUCAGGAAUCGCAUCCGAGUGGCCACAGCGGACGGAUUUGUCGAUCCCAAGGAGACUAUCAAGAACCAUAAGAGACCAUCCUCUUCAAACAUCCUGAAAUUGCUUCUUCGAGAGCCAAUAGCACGUUCCUGGAGUGUUUCGGAAGACAGGAAAGCAAAGCAAGAGCCUGCUCAGGAAAAUCAGACAGCUCCGAAGCCCAUGGGAAGCGAUGGAGUGACCGAUGAGGAGAGUAGCAUUGAGGAAGAGAUUGAAAAAGUAGAGAAAAGUCCAGAAAAUCAAUCCCCAAAGCCACUCAAGCGAAUACUAAUCCCACCAGCGACGCUCGAUCUCAAGCAAAAAGCCUGGCCAGAGAUUCCCACAGCCCCCGAGGAAAAGCCCGCAGGAAGAAUUGAUCUUCCCGGAAGGGUGUCGUUCAGCACAGCUGACAUUCACGAGGAAGACGUAAGUGAAGCUGAAGAGAGUGAAACAGCCAGAGAAGCCAAGAAAGUGACCAAGAAGGUUGUUCAUUUCAAUGAUGAAGCAUUGACUGAGAAGUCCAGUGAAGAAGCUUCUGAAAGUGGUAAAAUGGACGUGGAAUCAUCUUCUGAUCAAAUUAUCGAGGACUACAGGAAGGAGAUUGAGAGCAUCAAUCGUCGACAUGAAGUGGAAAGGAAGCUGGCCGAGAGAGGAACUUCAGCAACAAAUUUUUUUGAUAAGGAAUAUCUUCUGGAGAAAGAAACCCCACCGGAAGGCUUAGAAGCUACCCCGAGAGAUCUCAUGGGAGCUACUUCCGUAAUGGAUAAAUACUUUGAAGUGAUGUCAACCCCAACUCCAGAGCUCCCUGGAUCACUGCAGGGACUGAAGAUCACAGAAACAGCCACAUGGGACAAUUUCGCAGAUUUCCCACCGAAAUUGCGCGAUAAAUCAGGUGAAAUCAUCUCUAAUUAUCUCAGGGUAUCAUCUAGUGAUCAGUCAGAUGUCCCUCCAGCUCCGAGGCGUCCCGCUUCAUCCACGAGGAAGGGGAAAAAUGCCCGAGAGUCCCGGAAGAGCAAAUCGGCUUUGACUACAAAACCUCCACCGAAGGUCAAAGCACCAGACAAGGCUCCUCUGAAGCGCUCAAAGUCCAUCCCAAUCCUCAGGAAUGGAGAGAAUGCUCCCCUCGAUGAGUUCCAUAUCGAUAAAGUUGAGUCCUGGAUGUCCAUCCAUGAGGAUUCGUACGCCAAGAAAGCUUCCUUCGUGGAGUACAAUCGUGAAUGGCGAGAUACGCCUUCAUCGAAGACUGACGAUGAGGGAAAUUUCAGCCUGGAGGAGCAUGGAGAUAGCUUUAGCACAGAAUCCACUUACGAUGAAAUUCAAUCCAUUAUCAAAGAAAUUGAUGCUGAUAAGAGAAAAUCUCGGAAUUCCUUCAAGGAUCUCAAAACGGACGUUGAAUUCAAAUUAGCUACCACCAAUGCAACAUCUUCAAGUUCCGAUUCAGCUAACAAUGGUGACAAGAUCCAGGAGAUCCUCAAUUAUCUGGAUUCUGUGGAUUCAAGCUGUGAAAAGGCCCUCCAGCGAGCUCAAACGUUUCUCCGGGAGACAGAUGCCACGGAACUGGAUCUGGUCACAGAGCCAGACAUUGUUGAGAAUGUCCCCAAAAUAUCAGAUCUGCUCAUCCUGCCAAAUCACCAGCUGGCACGUCGGGUUGUGGCUCUAUCGCUGCGUGCGAAUGAGCUGGCCAAUGCUCUUCAGUUGUCCAAGGAGCACGUGGCCAGUGUGAGGGCAGAAAAGGCCAAAGCGGUUCGCCUGGAGAAGCAGGCAAGUGCUACAAAAUUGACAGAGCAAAAGAGGCACUUUGAGGGCAUUGUAGCUCGGCAUCAGACCUUCAUUGAGCAAUUGCUGAGGGACAAGUCGAAUCUCUGUGAGAAAGUUGGCGCCAUAACACGUCGAAUGGAUAGCCAGAACCAGGCAUGGGAACACAAACUGGAAACAGAGAUAUCUCGCGCUAAGGAAACCAUGUCAGCUGGUGAGAAGAUUCGCAAGGAACGCUGGGUGAAGGAGAAUACCAAGAAAAUAAAGGAACUCACAGUAAAAGGACUUGAAGGCGAAAUUGCACGGCUCACGCAGAAUCACCAGGAAGAAUUGGCAGACCUGCGCCGACAGCAUCAGCAGGAGCUUCUGGCAGCCAUCGAGGAAACUCGGCAGAAGCACGAAAUGGUUGAGAAAGCCAUCAGGGAAUCCUAUGCUGAGGAUCGUGAGGCUGUUAUUGAAAAAGAACGUACAGCCAUCCGAGAACGAUAUGAACGACAACUGGCCACUGAACAGAAGUCUUUUGAGGAGCAGAAAGCAAGAUUGCUUCUGGAUUUUGCAGCUGAGAAGGAGAGAAUCCUGGCUGAAGGUCGAGAAAAGGAACAGGAAGCUGAACAAAGGCGGGAAACUCUACUGAGGGAACGUUCUGAUAUUAUUGACCAGGUUCGUCGAGACCAAAAGGACAAGCAGAAGAUCCUGGAGGAGCAGCAUCAAGCAGAGCUGACUUCAGUGAAGGAUCAAUUUGAACGGGAUUUCAUCAUCUGGAAGCGAGAACACGAGAGUGCAAUGAAAUUGAGGGAAGCAGAGAGGGAAAAUGCCAUCCGACAGCAGUGCAGGCAAGACAGGGAUCGUCAGAUUGAUUCAAUUGUGGCCAAGAUCGACGCAGAAUCCCUUAAAACCCAGCAAGAGCACGAGGUGAAGGUCGGAAGGCUCAAGGAGAAAUACGAGACAGAGCUGAAGGAACUUGAGAGAUCUGAGACAAGUGCCAGGGAAAAGUACCUAGAGACACGCCACCGUCUAGCGGAAUCUGAAGCUGCUAUCCAAAAUCUCCAGGCUAAUCUCAAGCAGCAAGAAAUCGAAUUGAAUCACUGCCGGAAGAUGAGGGAUGAAUGCGUGACUGAGAAAGAGACCCUAAAGGAAUCCCUUCGAGAGGAACUCGCUCAGGAGACCAAGGCCCUGCAGAAGGAGCGUGAUGCGGAAAUUCAGAGGAUCUAUGCAAGAGUCCAGCAAUCGAUCGAGAAGAAGGACACGACAAUUGAGGUGCUGCAGAAGGAGAACGUAGCUCUGAAGGAGCGAACUCUGAAACUGGAAGCAAUUGUACGUCAGCAAAGGAAGGAUUAUUGCACCAAAUAGCCAGGGAUCAAGGUGAGGGUCGAUCAGUAAUCCCAAGAAGAAAAUGUAAUGAAAAAUUCGUUGUAAUCUAUAUGGUUCAAAAAGUCAAUGACAAGCCUAAAUUAGCUUAUUGUAGGUGCGAUUCUUAAUGUAAAACUCUUAAUUUCGGUCGUAUACAUAAAUAAAUUACGAAUUAAAAU